UUUGUUUCUUCUGGGUCUUCCGAGUGAUUCCUAGUUGGGAAUUUAUGAACUUAAGUUUGGGUUUUGUUUUGGAAUUAUGUGACACGAACGCUGCUUGGGUCAUUGUGUUUCUUGCUUUUCCUAUUUUACUUCCCUUGGAUUCCGGUGGUAGUGCUUCUGUUUAGAAAAGUUGACUGCUUGCUUUAUCGAAAUCUGAUCAAAUUUGGAACAUCCCUUUCAUUGACUGUUUUUUUUUUUUUUUUCUUGCCAGCUUUUAUUAAGUUAGGUCCAGUUUGGGUUUACGAAGUAUUUCCCUGGACUUACUCAAUUUUGGGGGUGGGUCUUGGUGUUUCUGGUUCUUAAGAAUUUGUUCUUUCUUUCUUGGGGAUUUGUGUGGUCAGGCUUGUAAUUCUGGGUAUUUUCUGCUCGUAGCUAAGUUUUGAACUGGCAAUUGGUGUUUUCUGAAUCGGCUUUCUCAACCCAGCAACACUUGUGGCUUGAGGGUUGCGUUUCUUACCUCUUGUUUCCUUUUCAUGCCAUUUCUCUCGCAAUAGUUUCUGUAAUAUCUAUUUUUGGAUCUGCCUAACUCUGUCACUGUAAUAUCAUAUAUCAUGGACUCUCCUCAGUCUGUUGUGUCGCCAUUCAAGAGCUCUGUGUUGGGUGAGAGUGAGAAGCAAAAGUCUGGUCCCUUGUUUAAGGACAUAGAGGUCAACGGAAAGGAAGCUCAUAAUCCAGAAGAUUCUAUUGGUGUUCUUGAUGUUUACAUACAUCAAGCUAGGGACAUCCAUAACAUUUGCAUAUACCACAAGCAAGAUGUUUAUGCUAAGAUUUGCCUAACUAGCAACCCUGAGAACACUGUGUCUACCAAGAUUAUAAAUGGAGGAGGAAGGAAUCCUGUGUUCGAUGAGAAUCUUCGCUUAAAUGUUAAAACUGUUGAUUCCUCUCUCAAAUGUGAGAUAUGGAUGCUGAGUAGGGUCAAGAAUUAUCUAGAAGAUCAACUUCUUGGUUUUGCCUUGGUGCCUGUGUCUGAAGUGCUUGUCAAGAAUGGAACCCUUGAGAAAGAGUUCUCUCUUUCUUCCACUGAUCUGUUCCAUUCCCCUGCUGGCUUUGUCCAAUUGUCCCUUGCAUACAAUGGAACUUCACCUGAUGUCAUGGUGAUACCUCCUUCAGUCUCCACCGAGGCAGCAGCCACUGGUGCUGCUGUGCUGGACCCCGAGACCACGGAUUCACUGUCCAAAGAUUUAGAUAAAAUCGAAUUCCCGGAUCCCAAGAUUGAGAACGAAGACCACCUGAUGGUUUCAGAAUAUUUUGGGAUUUCUUGUGAUGAGACUCAGUGUUCUGAAAGUCUGGCCACUUCUGAUGCUGAUCAUCACAGCUCUGAAGCAGGUGUUCAACUUGUAGAAAGCUUCUCAACAUGCAGUGUUGGGUCUGCCCAACCUUCCAUUAACAAGGUUGAUUCACCACCAAGCAUUGUAUCAACAAAUGGGGUUUCUUCCCCUUCAGUGCAAGCCAGCUCAGACUCAUCUGAUGCUGCUCAUGCUCCAUCAAAAUCUCCUACAGAGGAACAAGUUUCUGGCACCAAAGUAGAGAAACGCACGGUGGACGCUAAAGAUGGAGGCGGUGAGAGUGAUUCCUCAAGCGGGGUUCCAAAUAAAGAUGAAUCAUUCCCUAAGCCUGUUGUGUCUGUGAACAUUGAGCCAGAGCCAAUGGUGGUGCAGCAGGAUAUAGUAGACAUGUACAUGAAAAGCAUGCAGCAGUUUACCGAGUCUCUGGCGAAGAUGAAGCUUCCUGAUAUCGAAAUCGGUUCGCCAAGUUCAGGAAACUCAAGCUCUGAGAAGAAAUUGGAGUCACCAGCAUCAAAGAGCAACAAUAACUCUCGUGUGUUUUAUGGGAGCAGAGCUUUCUUCUGAGCUUCCCAUGUUCAAGGUUGUUAUAUCAAACAUGCUGGUGACCUUUAGAUCUUUAGAACAAAAAACUGAUGUCAGUAUAAUAAUGUACUGUAUUAGUGUGGUUUAUUCUCCUUCUGUACUUUGAGAUGUUUUAGGAUGACUCUGAAACAUGACUGUGUUGUACUCUGUCUCUCUCCGUCUCACAAGCUUGGUUCUAUAUCUCAACUGCUACAUGAACUUUUCUA